CUCCUCAACCCCCAACCUACUCGAGCGUCCACAAACAACCGGAUCAUCACACCCCUCCCCUAUUCCAUCAAAUUCAUUUACCCUAGCCGCACCGAACCGGCAUAUAAUUAUCAUCCCUCAUCCCUUGGAUGAGCUACCAAUCACCUCUCACGACCUCUCAGCUCCCCCAACGGCCCUUCUUUCUAGGGGUUCUCGUGGCUGUUUGGGGGAAGAAACAAGGUUCUUCAACCUCCUCCAAACAACAGAGUUACAGAACAGAGCCACGAAACGAGAGCAUACAGAUCAAUGAUAAGGUGAGUCAGGAGAGAGUCCUUCAUUCCAUUCAUAGCACCUAUCCUCACCCGAGAUGCCCCCGGCAUAGCUCGUAUCUUCUUUGCCGUCCUAGAACGUGAUGCAGCACCUGCUACAGCCUCCAUCAUGGCUUUCACCUUCGUUCUCGCCAGGUCGGCAAUGCAGCACAGGUAAGCCUUGAAUCUUACAAGCCGUAUCUCAAGCUCCAUUGGUGAUACUAACUUGGUGGACGUACAGCAGAAAGUUAUUGAUGAGGUCGGAGGAGCAGCUACCGAAAAAACCCACCGAAGCGAGGAAUUAAGGUCCUCGCCCAGCUGGAACGGUUUGCUGUUUUGGAGAGUGUAGGUAUUAGGCCGCAAUCGUUUGACAAGUGCUAACUUGUUUCAAAAAGGUAUCCAGCAAAUCGACGGAACCUUCAAUGGAAUUGAAGGAUAAAUAAAGCGGACCUCUGGUCUGGGAACAAUUGCCCCUAGGCUAGGAGCGGCACGUCUCCCACUGGACCCUUCCCGGUACUCAGCUAACAUACAUGUCUAAGCGGCAGAUUGGCGAUGCUUUCAACGGAAUCCAGACGGUUAUUACAGUGGAGGUUAAUAAUGCGUUCUGGACCGGAGAGGAAGCAAAGGAGGUAGGGUGCCGUGGGUGCGGACACCAAUUUUCAUUUUCUGUGCUAGGUUGUUUUCUUUACAUCAGGAGAGACAACUAGAGGCUUGUGAUCGGGGUUUGGUGGAAAUGUGAGCGGUGCUGGUGGGCAGCACCGCUCGUGGUUUGUGGUUGUUAAUUGAUUUACUAUCCCAGAAUCUAGAGGACUAUACGUCAAGGCAAGAGCCACGAUCACGGCAAGGUCGGGGAUCUGUGGAGUACUGCUAGUGUGGGGGUCUCUCGCAGUGUAUGUAUUUUAAAUGAUUAUAAGCAAUAAUGAGAUGGGAUUAACUAAACUGUAUGAAUUGUGAUGUGCAUAUGGUCGUAGAGUUCUUGGGAUUAUCAACCUUCCGUUCUCGCAUCCCUCUAUUCUUCCGGAUGGAUGGUGGAAGACUCCUUGCCUACGACAACAAGUCCUUGGCAACAGGAUAACAAUAUCCCUAUUGAACGACCCUGCCCCUUUACCCAACUCUGCGUUGCACCAUAAGCAUCAUCCAACCCCAAGCCGUCGGUCAUUAUCUUGAGCUUUUAUCGCCCACCGGAGAUUUCAGGUUCUUGCAGAAUCACAUCAAUAUUCAGGGUUACCGGCAGGAAUCCAUCUGUGUAUCUAUCAGUGGAUAACUUGAGGUAGAUUCCCGAGUGUCUUUUCUUCUACGUGUCCAUUUCAGAAAUAUCUUCAGCAACUUUCUUGAGGAUUUCUACCUCGAAUGAUCUCACCUCUAGUCUGAGUGACGUGUAUAGUCAUCGAUCUUCCGGAGGGAUGGUUCCCGGUUUUGCCUCGAACGUGCGGUAUUCCAGUUUUGAAUAUCCGUCUGUCCUUGGAGAAUUCUGGAGGAUUUUGUUUGGCCAAGUACGAAGCCUGACCCGAUAUUCCGUCAGACGUUCAUCCCAAGCAUCAAUACACAUGAAGGUACGCUCCGCGAGAGAGGUAGUUUGCGGUACCCCCACAAUAUCUGAAAGUUGCUGUCCCCGUUGGCUAAUGAGCUCUUUCUGGCUUCUAUAGAUUCUGCGUUACUUCCCCCGGUACCAUUUCCAGCCCGCUCACAACCUGUUUGAGCGAGACGCCCAGCACGCACAUCCACAACACCACCCCCCGAGUUGGGAAACUCAAGGUAAAAACACACAACGGCAACAUUUCGCCCCCCCCCCGGCCCGAUCGCACGAGCUGUCUAUAGCCAGCAAGCUCACAUCACGACUCGCUAGUACCGGCCCUUUUUCCAUUCCUCGAGACCCCUCCUCCUUAUCACCGAUCAAAGUCCUACGACCCCGACACCCCCAUAGCAAUACCAAGUUCAUCCGAUUCACUUCCCCCACUACCGGCACACCACCCUCCAAGGCCCCCAGGUUGUAAGAUCCAUUCCCUUCUAAUUUCGACCCGGCACACGCAGGCGCCCCCCGAGCCCCAACCCAACGGCGAUAACCAGGCCGAGACUCGUGACCACUCAUCGGAAACAUCAGAGCUGUUCCACACCUUAUUAUAAGAGCUGGCAGUGCUGAAGGAGAUCUUUGCUGUUCUGAAGGUGGUGGGGGGUUGGCGGUUGAGUCCGUCGCUUGAUGGAAUUCCCGGAGGAGGAGGAGGAAGAAAAGGCGGGCUGGGCUGGUUUGUGGAACCUCGGGAAUACCUCAACGCUGCACAAUCAAUCUAUCUCCCAGAUUUGUCUCCGGAACACAUUGUUCGGGCCUGCCACAUUGGUCGUGGGAUAUUUCAUAUUAUUUUAGACUCCUGUACUACACAAAACGGUGGAAAUUUUUGUGUCGCCCUUGUUCCAUGUCUAGGAUACGGGUGGCUGAGCGAGUGUCUCAGUAUUCUCCAGCGAUGAUUAGCAUGGAUAACCAUACCGGUAGGCUUGUAAAGUGCGGCUUAUGAGACUGACCUUGCACAAAUAUUCGAUAAGUUGGGCUCGGUGGGGAGAAGGUCAUUUUUUUUCCCAACGUUAACAUGGUACAGGUGCAUGACACUGCCAGUUACAACGCAGAGCCUCAUAAAGUGAAAGGAAGAAGUUAAAAAAAAACAUCCAUCCCUCCAUUCCCGGAUCUAAAGGGGAAAAAAAGAAAUCUCAAUUGAUGCGUCCACACCAUCUACCCUGCCGUACCCAAUCGCCCGCCAAACUCCAUGCUUUAUCCAGACAUCCUUCCCAUCGAGUGAUAACUACAAAUCCAAACCUCCCUCCUCCCUCUCCAGCGCCAUACGCAUAUCCCACAGGGACGGACUGCGACAGCUGGCGCCUAUUCGUCUUGCUUGUGGUAAUUAACCUUUUCGUUCCAGCUGCAAGUCAUUAGCGCACAAAAUCUACCGCGGAAACGAUAUGAGAGCCUACAAAAGAGUCUAGAAAACGUUAGCGACCCAUACCGACCAUCCAAGAAAGGAGAAGGAUAGGAGGAAGAAAUACCUUGUCACCAUCCCCCCAGAAGUAAUUCUUAGUCCUGAUGUUCUGAUACGGGUAUUCGGUCCUCUCCUCUAGCGGUGGCAUAUGCGCCCAGUGCUCCCAAUGCUUAUUCCAAAGGCCAUACGCAUUAACACCCGCAACAAUUAUAGAAGGGAUAGCGAUGCUAUUUCCCCAUCCUAUUAGUCCUCCAUUUCCCCGAUCCUUCGUCGAUGUGCGGGUUUGCCGAGGGAACAUACAAAUAAGUAAGCUUCUUCCAAAGCUCUGCCGGAGAAUUAGCCGCUGCCACAGUAAAACGCCCGCGGGGGGGCAAGGGAGGAGAUAUGUAGUACCGCUGGAUUCAGCAGCAUGAUGCUUCACUGCCUCACGUUCCUUGACAAACGUGCUCUGGGUGCGUUUCGGGGCCGACUCCGUGGCCAGACGGCGGGCUUGUUGCAGGAUACGCGGCUGCGUGCGCGGAGCGCGGGUGAGGAUGCGAGCGGACAGCAUUGUCGUUGUUGCUUUGUGAGUAGAGAGAGAAAUGCAGUGGCCGUCAGUUUGUGAUGAAGUUGUUUAGGCAGGGGGGGAGAAAUCGACGGGAUGGGGAUGGGUGAUAGAAUUGGCUUCAGGGAUUUGGUGGGGUGAUGAUUAUGUAAGCUGAACUGGGCGGUCGUUAUUGGGGGAGUUUCAUUUGGAGAUGAGGGAUCCUGGUACUGGUGCUAGUGAAAUUCCGGGAUAAGCUCAUUACGAGUAGCGGCGCACCCCCUGUGGCGGAAACCAGCCCAAAAAGCUCGGAAGCAAGAUCUGAAAACUGGGAAAUCCUCUCCCGUGAAAAAAAAAACCCCCCGUUCCGCUCAACUCCAUGUCUCCGUACUUACACCACCAUACGGGUAGCUCGAUCGAAAUGCCCCCACAAACAAAUGCCGACCUGCUAACCAACGAAAUCGAUCCCCGUGCACUCCGGAUCCGUGAGAAUGGAGGCCCCGCAAACGAUAUCGUGCCAACUGAAUCCACCACCAAUCAACGAAGGCGGACGUCCGUUGCCCUAGCUCUUGGCGAUGCACACCCCCGCGCGGAACUGGAGGCUUCGAGACGGCAGUUUGUCGAUUACGACGGGUUGUCAUGGCCGAGUAUGUUGUAACUCGCAGUGGCUCAGGGUGUUAGCUAAUGGAGGGUUACAGGUUCAGGCACGAUGGAUAGGCUAGAGGCCACGCCAGCUGAGGCGGAAGCCAGGCUUGAUAAGCUGUCUGGAGCGUGAGUUCCCCAUUAAUUGAAGCUCAGGAGGGAUACACCUGACACCCGAAUGGGGGUGUAUAGAAUCAGGACGAUAUUAGAAUGCAUCGGCGAAGACCCCGACCGCGAGGGCCUCCUGGAGACACCCUCCCGAUACGCAAAAGCAAUGCUAUACUUCACGAAGGGUUACGAAGAGAAUCUCAAGCUAAUUGUCAAUAACGCCGUUUUCCAAGAAGACCAUGACGAAAUGGGUACCCCACCGCACUCCCCCCCCCCACUUGUCUCCUCCGAGCUAACCCCCAAUAGUCAUAGUCAAAGACAUUGAAAUCUACUCCAUGUGCGAACACCACCUGGUCCCUUUCACCGGGAAGAUGCACAUUGGUUACAUUCCCCAAGGCAAAGUUCUAGGCCUCUCCAAGUUCGCACGCAUAGCGGAGAUGUUUGCACGCCGCUUACAGCUGCAAGAGCGCCUGACGAAGCAGGUUGCUGCGGCGAUCGAGGAGAUUUUGGAACCCCUGGGAGUGGCAGUGGUCAUGGAGAGCGCGCACCUGUGCAUGGUCAUGAGAGGUGUAGAGAAGACGGCGGCUUCUACAACCACUAGCUCUAUGCUGGGGUGCUUUAGGAAGAGGAGCAGGACUAGGGAGGAAUUUCUAAGACUUGUGCGUGCCCAAUUCUGAGAGACGGUUGGGACGGAAAGGGGUGGUGUAUAUUCGCUGACUAUGUGUAUUGUGCAUGCGAACAGGCGUUACAUAACGUGAGAUACUAGUGGUUGGGGUCUCUCUUUUCUCCUCACCCGGGUUGUUCCGUUAACGUGGGGUUUUUUCGGGGAAGUUUAUCGGAUGUGUUGUUGGUAGUUGUGCCCUUAGCAUUGUAGUAGACAGUGAAUGGUUCAACUAUAUUUAUUUUC